ACCACCAUGAAGGUGAUCGACUGCCUCCGUCGCUCCCUCUUCUCCUGCCUCGCCAACCGCCCCUCCAUCAAGCCCAAGUCCAAGAAGGUCAAAGCCUCCUCCACCGCCGCCCCCGGCACCUCCUCCUCGUCCGCCACCGUCAAGAACCGGCCGAGCGCCUCCUUCGCCGACCUCUUUAAGGACCGCAAAGAAGAAGCCCCUCAAGAAGAGGACAGCCUCAUCGACGCCGCCGAGCGACCGCCGUCGUCCCCAUCGAGGUCCGUCAUCGUGGGGACCAUCUUCGGCCACCGCCGCGGCCGCGUCGCCUUCUGCGUCCAGCACGACCCCACCGUCCCCCCGCCCUUCCUUUUCGAGCUCUCCAUCCCCACCCAACUCCUCGCCCGCGAGAUGCGCUCCGGCCUCCUCCGCGUCGCCCUCGAGUGCCACCGGAGCGGCAGGCGGGCGUGGAAGGCCUACUGCAACGGCCGGAAGGUUGGCUACGCGGUUCGGCGGCGGCCGACGGAGAAGGAGCGGCGGGUGCUGGAGAUGGUGCGCUCGAUGUCGGCGGGAGCGGGUGUGCUCUUUCCCGGAGACGGCGGCGCCGGGGCCGGGGCGGAGGAGCUAGGAGAGCUCAUGUACAUGAGGGCCACCUACGAGCGGGUGGUGGGCUCAAGGGACUCGGUGUCGUACCACCUCAUCAAUCCCGGGGGCAGCCCGGCUCAGGAGCUCAGCAUCUUCCUGCUCCGGAGCGGGUGA